CAUGCGCAGUACUGCGGCGGGAGCGUGACGGUGCGCGAGCUGUGCGCGUUUCGGCGCCUGCGCCGGGCGCGUGACCCGGCAGUACUCCCGCGGCGCCCUGUGUGCGGUCUCCGCGGGGCUUGCACGCCGUGAGCCGCUCGGCCGCGCCCCCCCCGCUCCGCCAUGUCCCGCGGGUCCAGCGCCGGCUUCGACCGCCACAUCACCAUCUUCUCGCCCGAGGGCCGCCUCUACCAAGUCGAAUAUGCUUUCAAGGCCAUAAACCAGGGUGGACUUACAUCAGUAGCUGUUCGUGGGAAAGAUUCUGCAGUAAUUGUAACACAGAAAAAAGUACCUGACAAGUUACUGGAUUCCAACACAGUGACUCAUUUAUUCAGAAUUACUGAAAAUAUUGGCUGCGUGAUGACAGGAAUGACAGCUGACAGCAGAUCCCAGGUGCAGAGAGCUCGCUAUGAGGCUGCUAACUGGAAGUACAAGUACGGCUACGACAUCCCUGUGGAUAUGCUGUGUAAAAGGAUUGCAGAUAUUUCUCAGGUCUAUACGCAGAAUGCUGAGAUGAGGCCUCUUGGUUGCUGUAUGAUUCUGAUUGGUAUUGAUGAAGAACACGGCCCUCAGGUAUACAAGUGUGAUCCGGCCGGUUACUAUUGUGGAUUCAAGGCCACAGCUGCAGGCGUUAAACAGACAGAGUCAACCAGUUUUCUUGAAAAGAAAGUAAAGAAGAAAUUUGAUUGGACAUAUGAACAAACAGUAGAGACAGCAAUAACAUGCCUGUCUACUGUACUGUCCAUUGAUUUCAAACCUUCAGAAAUAGAAGUUGGUGUAGUUACAGUGGAAAAUCCUAAAUUCAGGAUCCUUACAGAAGCAGAGAUUGAUGUGCACCUUGUAGCUCUGGCAGAGAGAGACUAAUUAGCAUUCCCAUUUCCAUUGUCUGUGCUUCUGACCAGGAUAUUUGGUGAAAAGAAAACACUUAUUAAUGGCUUUAGAUUAUGGGUGGAAAACGAUGUUCAUUAUAUGAUGUAUUUUACUCUGUACAAAUAAAACAGAGGUUUUUGAAAUA